UUCCUAUUUGUCAAAGUUACUGUGUUGUCGUCACUGAGGCAACACAAGACAGUUACCAUUUAUGAUCUGCUUCGAUAUUCGAAUAGCACGCAAUGGAAGGCUAUGUCAUACCACCUGCCUCUGAGGAUAAUAUUCAAAGUGAGCCAGAGAGUUAUCGAGCCCCGCCAGAGUUGUACCCUUGUCUCACUAGUGUGGGGGAUGUUUAUGAUGACUACAGAUGGAGUUUGCACUUGGAGCAUGUCCAGCCUGGAGAAUUUGACCAUUUUCCAUCAAGUCAUUUAACAGAGCUUCAGUGUGUGGCUCCUCAACAACUUCAACCUUACCGCUAUGGUGCUGACGGUCAUCUUCACCUGGAUCCGCCUCUCUCAGUGCUACCACAAAUCCCGAAUUACACCUCAUCACUAUACUAUCAGUACCAAAACCCAGUUUCACCCGUCCAGUACUACUCAGAGGAAGAACAAAGAGGUGUCAGCCCCCCACUUGAAGUAUCAGAAAGUGAAGAUGCGUCUGAAUACCACAACCUGCCUUCCAUCAAGAAAGACACAAACACCAAAAGGAAAAUUCGCUUGUACCAGUUUCUCUUGAACUUGCUGAGAAGCGGCGACAUGAGUGACUCUAUCUGGUGGGUGGACCAGGAAAAGGGCAUCUUCCAGUUCUCCACAAAACACAAAGAGGCCCUGGCGAGCCACUGGGGAGUGCAGAAAGGAAAUCGUAAAAAAAUGACCUACCAAAAAAUGGCUCGUGCUCUGAGGAACUACGGAAAAACUGGGGAAAUUCAAAAGGUGAAAAAGAAGUUGACCUACCAGUUCAGUGAGGAAGUACUAAGGAGCUUCUAUACACAACUGUACCCUCACUGAUGAGGAAAUUUGAUUGAUACGGUAUUUUGUGCUUGCAACUGCAUUAUUAUUUAUUUGCUUCCUGUGAAAUAUUGGCUUCAUAUUUCCCUAAUUGUUUCAUUUUAUCUUCUUUUGACACCCAGGAAAAUAUAUUGUAAAUACUUUUUGUCGUGCCAAAUCAAUAAAGUUGAUAAAGCCAUC